CGGCGGAGAACCUCCCUCGAUGCCACCACUGGGCAUUGGCAGCUAGGCAAGACUAUAGGUGCGGGUAGUAUGGGGAAGGUCAAGAUCGCCCGCAAUGCGGAGACCGGCGAACAAGUGGCCAUCAAGAUUGUCCCUCGCCAAAGCACCGAGGGCGAACACCGCACAGAGGCCGAGCGACAACGCGCAGACCAGAGCAAAGAGACUCGCACGGCUCGAGAGGCGGCCAUUGUCACCCUGGUCGAUCAUCCUUACAUAUGUGGGAUGAGGGAUGUGGUGAGGACGCCUCACCAUUGGUACAUGCUCUUCGAAUACGUCAACGGCGGACAGAUGCUUGACUACAUCAUCUCGCACGGUCGGCUCAAAGAGAAACAAGCGCGCAAGUUUGGCCGACAGAUCGCUAGCGCCCUCGACUACUGCCAUCGCAACUCCAUUGUGCAUCGGGAUUUGAAGAUUGAAAACAUCCUCAUCAGCAAAACGGGCGACAUCAAGAUCAUCGACUUUGGCUUGUCAAACCUGUUCAGUCCACGCAAUUAUCUCAAGACCUUUUGCGGCAGCCUGUACUUUGCCGCCCCGGAACUGCUGCAGGCCAAGCAAUAUACUGGUCCGGAGGUGGACGUGUGGAGUUUUGGCAUUGUCUUAUACGUCCUCGUCUGCGGUAAAGUCCCUUUCGACGACCAAAGCAUGCCGCAGCUACACGCCAAGAUCAAGAAAGGACACGUCGAAUAUCCGCCCUGGCUGACACCCGAAUGCCGGAAUCUGAUCGCCCGAAUGCUGAUUACGAAUCCCGCGGAGCGAGCACCUCUGGCAGAAAUCAUGAAUCACCCGUGGAUGACGAAGGGUUUUAAUGGCCCACCAGAUAACUAUCUCCCCGCCCGAAAGCCCUUGCAUCUACCACUCGAUCCCCUGGUGAUUGACAAGAUGACGGGCUUCGACUUCGGCUCGCCGGAUAUUAUCACGUCCCAUCUCACCAAGACGCUUGAGUCGGAAGACUACCAGCGCACGGUCAGGCAGGCGGAAAAGAGGACUGCCGCGCAACAACCGAAUGAGUCGGAGCGCAAGCGUGGCGUCUUUGACUUUUACAAACGACGGAAUUCCAUCAGUAGUCGCGACACGCUCAACACUCCUUCGACGGAGGCUAUUGGGCUUGGGAGAGAUCCGAUCAAUGCGUACGACCCACUCAUAUCGGUCUACUUUCUCGCGCAAGAAAAGCUGGAGCGAGAAGCGCGAGAGACGAAUCCCGGUGCGUUGUCGAUGCCACACGAUCCUCACGAGAAGCCGAUCCCCGUCCCGAGUAUGCCGUCUGCCCCCGAGGCAGCAUACACCAACAGUCACACGGCGGAGAUGGCCGGAGAAGGCCCAACUGGUGGCCGAUCGAGGCCCCGAGCUCGCACACACGGAGAGGAUGAGAUCUCGGACGGCCUACAGAAUCUAAAUGUAAAUAAUGCGCCAAAUCCGACCAUUGUGGAGCCAUCUGAGCCGCAGCAGCAGCGGAAGGAGAGAGCUGGAGCUGGACUGUUGCGACGAUUGAGUACGAGGAGGAAUAAGGAGUCGGCCGAGCGGGAGAAGGAGAAGGUUGAGCGAUCAAAUCCCCCGCCUUCCACUCUUGCAACUUACGGCUCUUCGGACGGCCCUGGGCGGAGCAUCAGUGUGCGCAGAACGAGAGAGAAAGAUGGCGAGAGCGACCGAAGUGCCGAUCGUCCCGACAGCGGACAAGGCGGCCGCGGAGUGGAGUCGACUCCUACCGAAACGCCUGCUGAUGGUGGUGCUCGCGAGAAGCCCGGCCGGCGCUCGUACGGCCUGGGACGCUCGAUCAGCGUCAACUCCAGCGACGUCCGCAAACGGCUCAUGAGGCGGGGGGUAUCCGAGGGUUCGUCGAUGCGGCCGCCCAUGGGUACCGCGAGUACACAGGACCAGCGACAGAGCUCGGAUCAGAACGGAAUAAUCGACGGGGCAGCCUCCGACGCCGAGCCCUCCACACGACCUCAAGUAGGAAUGGCAAGCCGCGCCCGCUCAAUGGGCCACGCGCGAAAAGAAAGCAUGCAAGCACGCCGAAUGCGCCGAGACGGAGCACGCACAGCAGACGUGCCAGAAGAAACGGACGCGGAAAUGCAAGACGAACUCGAAGGCACUGGCACUGUGGGCGCCGGCAGCCCGAACGGCAUGAAACCCGUGUACCUCAAGGGCCUGUUCAGUGUGUCCACCACGUCCAGCAGACCCCUGCCCGUCAUCCGCGCCGACAUCAUCCGCGUGCUGCAGCAGCUCGGCGUCGAGUACCGCGAGAUCAAAGGCGGCUUCAGCUGCAAGCACGCGCCGAGCAUCAUGCCGAAUGCUGCUACACAAAGCGGCAGCGCAGCAGCAGCAGCACCAGACGACAGCGGCGUCGUCUCACCCCCCAGCAACCCCACGCACCAACGCAAAGUGUCUUUCGGCCGGCUCGGCGCCUCCUCCACCAAACAACAACCCCCCCGCACAACCUCCUACAACACCACCUCGGGCGCCGUCUCCGAAGACUCCGAACUCGACGACGAAGCCAUCGCCCCCACAACAACCAACACCUCCUCCUCCGUCGCCCCUUCGGCCUCCACGGCCACCACCCGCCACGCGCCGGGCGAAACGACGACGCACGUGCGCGACGACAUGGGCGCGUCGAUGGCGCUCAAGUUUGAAAUCUUCCUCGUCAAGGUGCCGUUGUUGAGCUUGCAUGGGAUCCAGUUUAAGAAGGUCGACGGCGGGACGUGGCAGUAUAAGAAUAUGGCGCAGAUGAUUUUGGGGGAGUUGAGGCUGUGA